AUGGCCUCCUCGUCGCAAUGGGGCGGCGCCGGAGGCGGCGGGACGAUCGCUUCCAAUCCCCGCGUCUGGAUUGUCGCGGGCAUCGCCGUCGCGGGCGUCAUCGUCCUCGCGGAGGUCGCGCGGCGCCGCCGGCGGUGGCUGCGGGGCAUGUCCGGCACGCCACCCGACGCUGGAUCCUUCUGCGACCGCUUCGAACUCCACCCUCCGCCGCAGCCGCCGCCUCCCGCCGCUCGCCACCUUCUCUCGGGCCUGACGUUCGCCGCUAGUGACAACUUCGAGAUCGAGGGCUGUGUAGCCGGGUUUGGGAACCCAGACUGGAAGAACACUCAUGAGGCGGCGAGGCACACAGCAGUGGCUGUCACAAUGCUGCGGAAACAGGGGGCCACCUGCGUUGGAAGGACAAUCAUGGAUGAACUCGGCUUUGGUGUCACUGGAGAAAAUUUGCACCAUGGAACACCUGCCAACCCUGUUUCUCCUUCACUUGUCCCUGGUGGAUCAUGCAGUGGCUCUGCUGUGGCAGUUGCUGCACAACUUGUUGACUUUGCUAUUGGCACUGAUACAAUUGGUGAUGUAAGAAUCCCAGCUUCUUUCUGUGGUUUACUUUGUUUUAGGCCUUCCUAUGGUGUUAUAUCUACUCUUGGGACCAUAGCAAAUUCACAAAGUCUAGACACAAUCGGAUGGUUUGCACGAGAUCCAUGUAUUCUGCAUCGUGUUGGAGUUCUUUUACCAGCUGCUGCAGGUGUACUUAAGCAAACAAGGCAAAUUGUUUUUGCCGAUGAUUGCUUUCAGCUGCUAAAGGUCUCUAAUCAGAAAACUGUGCAUGCCAUAAAAAAUGCUGUCCAGGCAUUACGUGGAUAUCAACCACCUAAACACAUUAAUCUUGGCCAAUAUAUUUGUUCCAAUGUACCUAGCCUGAAGGAGUUUUGCGAACCAGCUACAAAGUUACAAGAAGGAACAUCAGCCUUGAAAGCAAUCUCCACAGUGAUGAUGUUAUUGCAGAGAUAUGAGUUUAAAGUAAACCACGAGGAGUGGGUUAACACUGUUAAACCUAAGCUUGGCCUUGAUAUCUCUACUCGUGUGCUACAAGCUGUGAAUCUUGCACAUGAAAACAUCAAAUCUUUGUACGCAAUAAGAAAUGAAUUGCGGGCUGCACUCAAGAAUCUUCUAAAGGAUACUGGAAUUUUAGUUCUACCAACAACAGCUGGAUAUCCUCUAAAGAGAAACUCGAAAGAAAGAUUAUCAUCUGGAUUUGAGGAUAGAAUGUACAAAUUUGUAGGCAUUGCUGCACUUUCUGGCUGUUGUGAGGUUACUAUUCCCAUGGAAAAUCUGGAUCAUCAUGUGUCUCUUUCAUUUGUAGCAGCACAUGGAUUGGACAAGUUUCUUCUUCGCACUAUCUUGGAUACAUAUUCUCUCAUCCAGGACCAAGUAGUUUUGGCAUCCAAGUUGGAAACUGCACCAGUAACUAAUGUUGAUGUUGAUGUCAAUGCAUCAGAGCUUCUGAAAGAAAAGGGAAAUAGUGCUUUCAAAAGAAGACAGUGGAGCAAGGCAAUUGAGUUUUACUCAGAGGCCAUCAGUUUGAGUGACACAAAUGCAACAUAUUACUGCAACAGAGCAGCAGCUUAUCUGGAACUGGGCCGUCUUAAGCAGGCCGAAGCAGACUGUGAUCGGGCCUUACUGUUGGAUAGAAAGAAUGUUAAAGCAUAUCUACGGCGUGGUUGUGCAAGGGAAGUAACUUUGAAUUACAAAGAAGCACUUCAAGAUUUCAGGCAUGCUUUGGCUUUGGAACCACAGAACAAAACAGCCCUUGCAGCGGAGAGGAGGCUGCAGAAACUCCUGAAGUGA